GUGCCUCUAGACCAUGAUGUAAGUAUAAAGGUGUACCAUUGCGCAUAAUGGCGUCAUCCGUAGUGACGUAUGUGUAGUAGGCCAAUGAAAAAUGGCCAGGAAUGCAGCCGCGAAAUUCAAAUGCUCUAUUAAUCGUAUAUUACUAAAUAUAUAUUAAAAUAUAUAUUUUAACUUAAAAUUUGUAAUAAAAGAAUAAUAUUUCAAGAUAUCCUCUUCAAGAUAUCCUCAAUAGGCUCCACGUCCGUAUUCUCGAGGCCCCUGCUAUCAAUCUCCGUCGCCAGCCAUUCUCUUAAUACGCACACUUAACCUUACCAACACUGUUUAUUCUGUGUGACACUGUCAGCAGCCAUAUUGAAUUCUAACAUUCCUGGCCAUUUCUGAUUGGCUAUCAUUUUUGACGACUGCGCAUCCACGGGAAUGGAACACCUUUAUACUUACAUCAUGCUCUAGACACGCUGGCUGGAUCUGUCAAAAUUGCGCAGUAUGAUUAAGGUUAUCCCGCCGACGGCAAGCGUUUAGUCGGGCGGUUUGUGAUCCGCGAAGUCGCCCGUGCGAGUGAGCUCUCGGCGGACCCGGCGGAACGAUGGUGUUGAACGACAGCGCGGACAUCUCCGAGAGGGUGGGAUGCGGUUUCAGCACGUUCAAGGAGGUGGACGAGGUGACCGCCCUGAUAGCGGAGCUGAGGCGGCCGGAUCUGCUGGCGAGCCUCGUGGAGCGAAACCGGGACCGCUUCAACUUCAUCCUCACCCAGUACCAGGAUCAGCAUCAUCUCCUGGACCCGUACCUCGAGAGGAUCCUCGAGUCCCUGCUGUCGAUCAUCAAGGAUGACGACUGCCCGGAGAACGUCAAGCAUAACGCGUUCAAGUACCUGUUUAUCAUCAUGUCCGUGAAGACGUACAAGAGGAUCGUCACUUACCUCCCGCACGAGGUGGGCGACCUCCUGCCGGUGCUGAGGAUGCUCGAGAAGCAGGACCCGAACGACGUGAAGACGUGGGAGACCAGAUACGUCCUGCUCGUCUGGUUGUCCAUCAUCUCGAAGAUCCCGUUCCCCCUGUCUCGCCUCGAGACAUCCGAGAAUUUAGAUCCGGAGCAAACUAUCAUCGUCAGGAUUCUAAAAGUAUGCAAACUGUACUGCCUGUCGACCGACGCGUGCGCUGUAGCAGCUGUGUUUUUAAUAGCAAGCUUUUUAACAAGAUCGGACGUCAAGAAGUUAUACCUGGAAGAAAUGAUUAUGUGGUGCUUGAAGUGUAUAGAAAGUAAUCCUUUGAGACACGGACCUCUGGCUGUAAUAGCCUCGAUAUUAAAGCAUAGCGCCAGAGAAGACGUCAAGCCGUACAGCCAGAUGCUUCUUGAUAAUAUGUUGAAGCUCCGGUUGAGCGACAAUCCAGCAGAUCUGAUUAGAAAAUUUGGAACAAAAGUUGUCCAGCGCAUAGGUCUGGUAUUAUUGAGAACAAAAUUGGCAUCCUGGCGCUACCAGAAGAUGAGCCGGCCGAUAAGUCUUAUGCCCAAUGCCAAGGCGGAUAUUGAUAAUACUGAAAGUAUUGUUGAUAUUAAAAAAUUAAGUAUUUCGAACGACAAUGAAGAUCAGGAUAUUCCCCCGGCUAUUGAGGAUAUAAUAGAGCAACUCGUACAAGGUCUUCGGGACAAAGCGAUUACCAUAAGGUGGUCCGCAGCGAAAGGUAUCGGCAGGAUAACCGCGAGACUGCCGAUAGACUUAGCUGACGAUGUUCUAGGUUUUGUAUUGAAUCUGUUUUCCGGGCGUGAAUCAGACUCAGCGUGGCAUGGUGGCUGUUUGGCGCUCGCGGAACUUGGCAGACGUGGCCUAUUGUUACCUCAUCGCUUGAGCGAUGUCAUUCCCGUGGUUCUGCAAGCCUUGGUCUUCGAUGAACCUAGAACUUACGGCUCGAUCGGUUAUUUGAUCAGAGACGCCGCCUGUUACAUAUGCUGGUCUUUUCCAAGAGCCUAUGAUCCGCAUGUUUUCGAGCGUUACGUCAAAGAGAUCGCGGCAAUGUUAUUAGUUGUAACGUGCUUCGAUAGAGAGAUAAACUGCCGAAGAGCAGCGUCUGCCGCGUUUCAAGAAAAUGUUGGCAGACAAGGCAACGUUCCACAUGGCAUAGACAUACUCACUCUCGCUGACUACUUUGAAGUUGGCGUAAGGAGUCACACGUACCUCAAAAUCAGCGUACAAAUCGCACAAUAUGAAGAAUACACGAAGCCCUUGAUAGAUCACCUAGUGGCAAAAAAGGUCACACAUUGGGACACCGCAAUUAGAGAGCUCUCGGCUAAGUCGCUUUUCAAUCUGACGACAGCUGAUCCGCAUUACAUGACAACUAAAGUACUGCCGGCCUUGCUGAACAUGCUAAAUUCCAUCGAUUUAAAUGUUAGGCACGGUGCUGUAUUAGCCACUGCGGAAAUUCUCGAAGCUCUGUACAAUCACUGUAACGAUAAAAUUGAGAAUAUUAUCGGAGCCUUUGCUACAAUUGAUAUAACGGAUAUAGUGCGAACUUUCAGAACUAGAGGACAAUUUAAAGGUCUCGGCGGAGAGCUAAUGAAACAAGCGUGUGCUGUGCUAAUUAAGAAAUGUUCCACUGUUCAUUUUCCCAUUCAUUUUACGGACGUUGUCGAUGACUGGCAAAAGUUAUUAGAAGAAUGCCUGAGCCACGAAGUAUCGGCAGUUAAAUUAAAAGCGGCCGAAGCACAUACGAAUUUCUUCGUAGAAUAUUAUGUAGAUAUCGAUUAUGACGCCCGAAGCGCUGUAGUUAAUCGUUACUUGGAGUCCUUACAAUCGAACAGUCAGUCCAUUAGAAUAGGAUUCGCACAAGCAAUAGGGCAUUUCUCACUGUUUGUAAUCCGUGAAAGAGUGAAAGACGUCAUAAACUCGUUAAUCACGUGCACUCACGUGUCGGAGAACACGCUGAAAUGGGCGGAGAGUAGAAAGGAAGCUUUGCACUCUCUAAUAAUGGUGUUGCAGACGUUAGGAAUUGACGAAGUCGACAAGUGGCAACCGUUUGUACCAGAUCUGUACAAUUGUUAUUUGUUGGCUCUCAAAGAAUAUACCCUAGAUAGUCGUGGAGAUAUAGGCGCUUGGGUAAGAGAAGCGGCUAUGAUUGGAUUACACGUAUUAACGAAUCUAGUGUCGCAAGCAAAACUAUUAUCCGUAUUGAGCGAGGAUUUAAUGGCUGGUAUCAUCGGCGGUGUCGCACAGCAAGCUGUCGAGAGAAUAGAUGGAAUUCGAGCCCAGGCCGGUACUGUAUUCAGUGCACUUAUACACAGCGAUCCGCCACUUCCAAAUGUACCAUAUCACGACGAGUUGAAAGCUAUAUUUCCUUAUAACGAAUGUAAGGAAACUAUCGAGUGGCGAAUGGAAUCUGCAACGUUUCCACGAUUUAUUAAGAUGCUAAGCUUUCCGCCGUAUAAAAUAAAUUUGUUACGCGGUAUUAUAUUCAGCGUUGGCGGCAUAAGCGAAUCAUUGGUCAAAUAUUCGAGUGUGUCCUUAUUUACUUAUCUACAAGAGAUCGAUGAGGCGGGUUUAAAGGAUUUGUGUGAAAAAAUAUUGGAUAUAUUCGAGGAAAGUCAUAAAAAUGAACGAAUGAUAACGUCAAUGUUGGCUUUCUUGGAUCGUUUAUUGAGUUCAGGCUGUAUUCAGUCUGUCCUAGAUGAUGCAGACAAUACAAUCUCGGAACGUAUAUUGACGCUGUUAAAACACGAAAUAAAAUAUUCCAGUAAUAUAAAACUGCUCAUCAGCAGUAUAAAUGUUUUCUGCCAGUUACUGCAGGUACGGGGACCCGUUGCAAAGAGAGCAUUUUGUCAAUUGAGCAUAUUUUUGUGCCACAAAUAUAGGAGCUUGAGGAAGACAACGGCUAUACGUACUUACGAGACGUUGACCCUUUACGGAGAGGAGAUGGAUAUAGCGGAAGAAGAUUUAACAAAUAUACUCACAAAAUUGAACGCGACAGAUUGGGAGCAACCAAUCCCAGAUUUACGCCCGAUCCGAAAUAAUUUGUGUGAACUAAUGGACGUGUCUGCUCCAGUUUUACAAACUAAAUCAACGAAUUGAGAAAGGCUUUACAUGCGAGGAUUUUUAUUAAAAUUGUAUUUUAUUUGGAUACCUAGAGGGCAUAAUAGAGGUGAGAACCUUUAAUCACCAAUGUGAUGUGUUAAAGUAAAAAAUUAAGGUAAAAAUUGUUACAGUUCUCACAGCAAAUAAGACUAAUGCUAAACUC